AUGCCAUCUGAAAAUGAAUUCUUGCGUAGUAAAGCAUUACUUCAGAGUAUGCAUAGCGGUGGUGCAAAACUACACAAUGAGAAUAGAGGAAAUGAUCCGAAAACAGGAAAUCUAUACGAUCAUUUAGUUACUCUGUUGAAAUUAAUUUUGGAAACUCAACCAACUCAUGCUUUAGAUCAAUUUGAAGUUUUAAGUUACCAAGUGAAACGUGAACGUGGCGGUGGAACUGGUGGUAGUGGUGCUGGUGCUGGUUUAGUUGUAGAGGAUACUGAGGCUAGAGCUACGACUGAAGAUGAAUUAAACUUUACUGAAGCAUCCAAAGCACAAAUGGAUGAACCUCCAUAUUCAAAAGCUACUCUACCUGCCAACUGGGGUGGAAUAUUUGAUGAUGAAUAUGAAAUGCAAAGAUUACAAAAUCUUGGUAUAACAUCAUUUCUUGUUGAGGAAGGUGGUAUAGGUCUUGGACGCUCAGAAAUGCUUCGUGUUUGGCUAAGUAUACGUAAAUUAUCACUGAAAUAA